AAACUAUUACCAAUUUUUCUACUUCGUCCUCAAACUAUCUAAACCAGCAAUUUCAUCCCUCAAACUAUUCAAAACCCUUCUAUUUUGUUCUCAGACUAACUCCAUCCACGUUUUUAGCGGAAAAGGGAGCAUGUGCCGAGCAUGUGACUUUUUUGAAGGGCAAAAAUGGAAUUUCACGUCUAUUACUCCCACCAUCCGACAAAACCCUAUUCUUUCUCUCUUCUCUAUCUCUCAUACUUUACAUUACGCACAAAAGAGAAACCCACCUCACGUUCUCUCUCUUCUUUCCUUCUUCCAAUCCAGAGCAGAGCCAGAUUGAAUAGCACAAGGAGAGGAUUUUUUCUGCACUUCGGUGUGGAUUUUUCUGGCGAUGGACGACCGGCUAAGGAGGGAAGGAAAUGGCCUUGUCCCCAAAUAUUUCAACCCUAAUUUUUUUUCAAUCAAGGUCCACCAUGGGGGUAAUUUGACUGUUGAAGGGGGUAGGAAUUACUAUGUGGGUGGACGAAUAAGCUACAGUGACUAUGAAGAGAGGGAUAAGGUCUCAUUUUUUGAUUUGAAUGAAAUUGGUAGAAAGUUAGGGAUUAAUGAUGAAGUAAAAAUCUACUGCAAGGUCCCUAGUUCACACUUCGAUGGAGAUUUCAAACUUAUGCGGACUGAUAAUGAUGUUUUGAAAAUGGUAAGGCAGAUUAAGGAUAAUGUAGUAGAGAUUUUCCUUGUGAUCUCUAAUUCCAUUGUUGAUGAUUUGUUAGAUGUGAAUGUUGGUAAUUGGGAAUGGGAUUGUGGGACCUUUCCGGAGAGUGGGAUUACCAUUGAAAAUAUAGAUACAAUAGAGGGGUUAAGUGGCACUUUAGUUGAGGUUGAAGAUGACUCAGAUUCUGAUAAAAACUACGAUGAAUUUAAUGACAGUGAUUAUGAGUUGAGUGAUGAAGAUGAUAGAUUGUACGAAGACAAUGUGGAUGAUAAUACAAAAUGGGCUGGCACUCUGUUCAGCAAUACCAGGGUUCCAUCCCAAACACUGUAUUACAAUACUGUUGAGGGUGAGGAUAUGGUGUAUGAGGAUGAGGGAGAUUCCACAGAUUCUGAUGAUGGGUUCCGUAGUUGGGAUGAAGAAGAUGGUGACAAUUCAUUGAAUAAAGCACUUGUUUUUAAGGCAAUCAAAGGGAGAGAAGAACCUAUCUUUGGAAAUGGUAUGAUAUUCAGGAGUAGGCACCAGUUGGCUGAGGCAAUUAGGCAGCACUCUAUUCUGAAUGGGAAAGAAAUCCGAUUCUUAAAAAAUGAAACAACAAGAGUGAGGGCUAAAUGCAAGACUUAUGAAAAAGAUGAGGAAAAAAUUGAUUGUCCAUGGGAACUUUCUGCUACUGAUAAAGGGGUAGCAAACAAAACACUACAGGUCAAGAAAUACAACCCAAACCAUAAUUGUGGUAGGAUUUGGAAUAACAGGUUGAUGAAUAGCAAUUGGUUGGCCCGGAUUUAUUUUGAUGAUAUUAGGAUCACUCCUACUAUGAAACCCUUGGAUAUUCAAGAAAAGGUUAGACAUGAUUUCCAAUGUGAUGUUUCUGAAAGUCAAUGCUAUAGGGUAAGAGGAAAGGUGUUGAGGAAGAUUCAAGGUACCAUUGAGGAUCAAUAUGCUAGAUUAUGGGAUUAUUGCAAUGAGAUAAUGAGAAGCAAUCCUGAUACUAGUGUUUAUAUUCGUUUGAAACCAGACCAAGAUGGAAUUGCAACCAAUGUUUUUCAAAGGUUUUAUAUUUGUUGGGCAGCACUGAAAAAAGGAUUUAGGGAGGGUUGUAGACCAAUUAUUGGAGUCGAUGGGACUCACUUGAAGGGGGGGCAUUGUCUUGGUCAAUUGCUAACAGCUGUGGGUGUAGAUGCAAAUGACCAGACUUUUCCUGUGGCCUACGCAAUUGUGGAGCAAGAAAACACACAUACUUGGACUUGGUUUUUGCAGCAUCUGAUUCCUGACCUUCAAAUACUGAAUCAACCUACAUGGACUAUUAUUUCAGACAAGCAAAAGGGGUUGGAGAAUGCAAUUAAGGAGUUGCUACCAUCAAUUGAGCAUAGGCAUUGUGUAAGGCAUUUGCAUAACAACUUCAAGAGUGCUGGAUUCCCAGGUCAGGAUUUACAUGAUAAGAUGUGGAAUUUAGCUAGGGCUAGUUAUGUGGGAAAAUUUACAUUCUUGAUGGAAGAACUAAAGAAAGAAUACCCACGGGCCUUUACAUGGUUGUCUCACCAAGAUAGAAACCCUUGCCAUUGGUCUAGGUCACACUUUAUUGUCACCCCCAAGUGUGACAUUUUACUCAACAAUCUUUGUGAACCAUUCAACAAGGCCAUAUUGUGUGCUAGGGACAAACCUAUACUAACCAUGUUGGAGAGACUUAGAACCUACUUCAUGAAGAGGUUAGUUGAAAAGAGAGAAUUUGCAACUAAAUGGGUAGAUCAUUUGGGUCCAAAGAUACAUAAAAAGAUAGAGAAGUUGAAGAAAAUGUAUGGUGAUUUUAACAUAUAUCCAUGUGGGAAUGGGGAGUUUGAAGCAAGGUGGAUCCAUGGUGGUCAACACACUGUCAAUCUAGAACAACGAACAUGCUCUUGUAGAAGAUGGGAUCUCACUGGAAUACCUUGUCAACAUGCUACAGCAGUCAUAGGUCAAUCAGGUUUACAGCCAGAGGACUAUGUGAGUGAAUGGUACCAUAAACACACUUUUGAAGCUACUUAUCAGCACAUAAUGCACCCCCUCAAUGGGCCUGAUAUGUGGGAGAAGUCUGGUAAGGAUCCAAUCUUACCUGCAGAGUUUACAAAGCAACCUGGGAGGCCCAAGAAAUCAAGGAGAAGGGAACCAGAUGAACCUCCAAAGAAUCCAAUCAAGCUGAGUAAAAGGGGUGUCAAAAUGUCAUGUAGAAGAUGUGGGAAAGAAGGGCACAACACCAGGACAUGCAAAGCCCCUGUGGAUGCAACUCCAGUUCAAUACACCAGUACAAGAGGAAGAGGAAGAGGAAGAGCCCUUGUGGAUGCCACUUCAGAUGACAACGCCAACAUUACUUCUAUUGGAGCACAGUGAAACUCUGUUUUGCUUCUUUUUGUCUUGGAAUCCAUUCAUGUUGCAUAUGGGAUUCGUAGGUAGAUUAUCAGAACCAUAAUCUGGCCUG